UCUCUGCCAUCUCUGCUACGGACCACGGUUGUGGAGAGUCGGACGUUUUUGGGACGGUGCAUCAGCUGUUGUACUGAAUUUGUAUCCGACAAAAAUGCUAGUAUCUCGUGGUGCUGGCCCAUUACGAUGUAUUUUUACGAAGUUAAAUCAGUCGAAUCUAAGACAAGGCACACAGCCCAUCAGGAAAGGUCAUGAUGCCGUAUGGACGUAUCGACAGCCUGUACCACCGCCACCGAAAUACGUAAGGGUCCUGGCAGAGUGUGUAGGAGGGUAUAUGUGGUGGUGGAUAUUUUGGCAUUUAUGGCACGAGCCUGAGCACAUAACUGGUGAAUUUGAGUACCCAGAUCCAUCAAAGUGGACAGAUGAGGAGCUUGGAAUUCCACCAGAUGACGAAGAAUAGACUUUUGCACUCAUUUGGUAGUUAUUCUCAGUUUACAUAUUGUUUUAAAUCAGUUCAGUGUCAUGUGAAAUUGUAAUGCAUUAGAUUUACAAAUACAACAGGUUCAUAAAA